CGAACCAGUUCUGGAAACCAGACGUGUCCAGUGUCCUGCUUUGGUGCCUUAGCAGGACAGUGACAUCUAAACGGAGAUCUUUCCUUGUCUAUUAUUUGUACUUCAGUUGCGGCUUUGGGGUUUGAUUAUAGAAAUUAGGGAGAAAAAACCAUUGCCAAUCCACGCAAAAAGCUUUCUGUCGACAGAUAGAUGCAUGGUUUAUCAUUAACUAUGUUCAAAUCAUUCAGAGCUUAAGCUGGUAAAAACUGAAAGUGUGGUUGCUUAUUGAAGCACCCAACUGGUAUCUUGGUGUUUACAGGGGCUAAACAUAUCUCAGGAAUCAUCAAUAGUUUUCUUAUGCGAUCAUUGCAAUUCGCAAAAGGUCUUUAUUGAUAUACCUAACAUUCAAUGGACCCCUUUUACUUCACCUAGAAGUAUAUUGUAAAGGCGAACGACAUUAGUGCAUUAUCAUCUCAGGUCGGAUAUUCAUCACCUGCCGAGACGGGAAUCAUGGGUGAUCUGGGCCUUUCAUUAGCAGAAUAUUCUGUGUUUGGGUCAACAUUGACAAUUGGAGCAAUGAUAGGAGCAAUACCGAGUGGAAGGGUUGCAGAUCUACUGGGUCGAAGGGGUGCUAUGUGGGUAUCAGAACUGUUCUGCAUCACGGGGUGGCUUGCGAUAAUGUUUGCGAAGGGUGCCUGGUGGCUUGACGCGGGAAGACUACUUGUGGGCUGUGGAAUCGGGCUUCUCUCUUAUGUGGUACCCGUAUAUGUUGCAGAAAUAACACCCAAGAAUGUUAGGGGAGGAUAUACAUCUCUUAAUCAGUUGAUGAUAGGUCUUGGGAAAGCAUUCAUGUUUCUCAUUGGUUCUCUUGUCAACUGGCGCGUUCUCGCUUUGAUAGGAACUCUUCCAUGUCUGGUACAGCUUCUUGGUUUAUUUUUCAUUCCCGAAUCUCCAAGGUGGCUGGCAAAAGUUGGUAGAGAGAAAGAGUUUGAAGCAGCUCUCCAGCAUCUGAGAGGAAAGAACGCAAAUAUCUCUCAAGAGGCAUCAGAUAUCCAAGACUAUACGGAACACCUCCGUUGCAUGUCUCAGGAUGGAAUUGUUGAACUUUGCCAGGGGAAAUAUGCUCGUCCAUUAAUUGUUGGAGUAGGGCUGAUGAUAUUUCAGCAAUGUGGAGGCCUGAAUGGUUUUGUCUUCUAUACAAGUGCCAUCUUUGAAGCAGCUGGUUUUUCGACAACAAUAGGAACCAUAGUAGCAGCUGUUGUGCAGAUUCUAACUACAACUUUGGGAGUACUGCUGAUAGACAAGUCUGGAAGACGCCCACUUCUACUGGUAUCUGCAGCUGGAGGGUGUUUGGGAUGUGUCUUUACAGGAUUGUCAUUCUUCUUGCAGGACCUUCACAGUGGAGCAGAGCUCGUUUCCGGUUUGGUGCUUGUUGGAGUUUUGGUAUUUCUAGGCUCUUUUGAACUCGGGAUGGGAGGAAUUCCUUGGAUUAUAAUGUCGGAGAUAUUCCCGAUAAAUGUGAAGGCCUCAGCUGGAAGCUUAAUUAAUUUGGUCAGCUGGUUAGGAUCUUGGUUUAUCUCCUGUACUUUCAGCUACUUGUUUGAGUGGAGCACAGCAGGGACAUUCUUUAUAUAUGCGGGCAUUUGCGGGGCUGGUGUUAUAUUCAUCGCGAAGCUUGUUCCCGAGACUAAGGGGCGGAUGCUGGAAGAAAUGCAUGCCUCCAUCACCAAUAAGAACGACAAUAAUUUGUCAUGAAAGUAAGAGCUUUGUGCCGGGUAUACUUUGUGUGAUUGUAUCCAAGUAUGGAGCAUCUCCACUGGAAAGCUUUGAUGAGAAGAUCCUCAAGUCGGUGGCAUCAAUCAAAGCAUGAGCUUUUUGACAGUAAGAUAAAACAUGAGAGAGAGGUGGUUGAAUCAACGGGUGUAAAAAGUAGAAGAAGAAGAAAGCUAUAACUGUCUGCAAAAUAUAUCCAGACUAGUUUCAUCCUUUUGCUGUAAGCAUUUACCUGGAAUAGCAUUAAUCUGAAUCGCAGACCAACCAGCUGCGCGAUUUUAGUUUCU